AUGGCUCCAAAUCCUACAGCCCGGCAGCCUCUCAAGCUGCUCAUGCUACACGGCUACACGCAGUCUGGCACCCUCUUCCACGCCAAAAGCCGCGCUCUCACCAAACACAUUCAGAAGGCCUUCCCGCUCCAUGAAGUGACAGCAAUUUACCCAACCGGGCCAAUGCGCCUGCGCCCUUCUGAAAUUCCCGGCCAUGAACCUACCGGCCAACCAGACGACGAAAUCGAAGCCUAUGGCUGGUGGCGGCGAUCAAACACAGCCAACCCACCCCUCUACACGGGGAUUGAGGAUGGCUUCGCGGCAGUUGCGCAAACUCUGAAGGCCGAAGGACCGUUCGAUGGUGUGAUCGGAUUCUCGCAGGGCGCCGCAAUGGCAGCCAUGCUAACUGCUCUCUUGGAGGGACGGAAAGAGUCCUUCGAGCACUUUGCAAAGAUAACCGAGGAUGGCGCAACGGGCAUGGAGAUCCCCGCACCAUUCGGCGAGCCAUUCCACCCGCCGCUGAAGUUUGCGAUUUUGUACUCUGGUUUCAGGGCUCCGGGGGCGCGAUACAAGGCUUUCUAUGAGCCUGCGAUUGCGACGCCUGCUCUGCAUGUUCUUGGGUCCUUGGAUGCUGUGGUCGACGAAACUAGAGGUCGGGCGCUAAUUGAGGCCUGUGCUGGUGAUCCGGAGAAGGAUGGGUCUGUAGUUUGGCAUCCCGGUGGUCACUUCUUGCCUAGUCAGCGACCAUACUUGGAUGCUGCUGUGAGGUUUAUUCGGGAGCAAUUGGAGGGUGGGAAGAAGAAGGUGGAGGAGGUGGAUGUUAACGACAUGGAUAUGCCAUUUUGA